CGGAAGCAGAGCGGUGGACAAAGAAUACCGCACACACGCGGAUAAUAUUGAUACAAUCCCACCAGAGAAGUCAAUGCCACUGUGACAAUGGAUGGCUACUCGCGUCCAUAAAGUAAUAGGUGAAGGGUCCUUUGGUCGAGCACUACUUGUCCAAUCCAGAAUCAACCAUGAGAACUAUGUCAUGAAAGAGAUCCUACUCCCAAAGACACAAUCCAAGAUGGCGAACACCAGAAGAGAAGCUGUACUCCUGUCCAGGAUGAAACAUCCCAGCAUAGUGGCCUUCAGGGACUCUUUUGAAGGUGACGGCCUCCUCUACAUAGUAAUGGAGUUCUGUGGUGGUGGAGACCUACUACAGAAGAUACAGCAACAGAAAAACACGCUGUUCUCACAGGAUACAAUUCUGAAGUGGUUUGCUCAGAUGUGUUCUGGUACGAUGUACGUCCAUGACAAACGGGUCUUACACAGGGAUCUCAAGUCCAAGAAUAUCUUCCUGACAGACAAUGGGACGGUGAAGCUGGGUGACUUUGGCUCAGCCUGUGUUCUAAACAGGUACCAGAAGAUGCUUCGCGCGCUAAUACUGUUUCUAUAUUACUAUAAUUAUACACUGAAGAUCUGGGACAGUAAGCCCAGCGACGUGUGGUCUCUCGGCUGUGUUCUCUACGAGCUCUGCACCUCGGAACACCCGCUAAACCUCUGUUCUCCCUCCCCGUCUCAGUUUCAGGCUCCUAGUUGGAAGAGUCUGAUCAUGAAGGUGUGCCGCGGUUCCUACCCUCCUCUUCCUCAACACCUGCCCUAUGAGCUGCACUACCUGGUCAAACAAAUGUUCAAGACCAACCCCAAAGACCGGCCGUCCCUCCACACCAUCCUCACGUCUCACCGCGUAGCCAGUCUCCUGCACAGACACCUGCCCAACAAGGUACUACAUGAGUCGGAGAGGAGAACAGGGAGAUGGAGGAGAGAGGAGGGGGAGAACAGGGAGAUGGAGGAGUCGGAGAGGAGAACAGGGAGAUGGAGGAGAGAGGAAGGGGAGAAGGUCGCCUCACUCCUGGGGCAGAAGACCCUCAUGACAGGCUCUACCCUGGAGGGUCUGGAGUCCCGUGUGGCCCUGCUGAGGCCCCUGCUGAGAGCAGCAUAGUAGAGAGAGCGUGGCC